GCAGAACCUUCAAACAGUCUUAUUCUGAGGUUAGAAAAGAUCAGCAGGCAUGUUCAUAUUAGAACCGUAACUACAGUGCUCUUAGGUGAUGUUUCCUUGAUAUUUUCUGUAUUUGUGUUCUCUGUCCUUUAUGUAUGAGAGAGUUGUGGCAUGGAUUUAUCUUUUAAAACUCUUUUCUAGAUCUUACAUUAUGGACUAGAAGAUAGUUUUGCUCUGUAAAUCUCCAUUAGCCUCAGUGACUAAACUUGCAAGGUCCUGUCCCCUAUUAAAUUGUUCAAAGUAUAACCUGGGGGCUGAACCUAAAAGGACUUAUUGAUGACACCAUAUGUGGAAUUCAUACUGUUUCCUAGGCUGGGUCUUCUUUGGGCAUCAGCCAGAGCUGAAUAAGUGAUCUCUCCCUGGGAAAGAUGUUAAUCCACACCAGCUGUACCUCCAGGAUUUAAAUAAUGUUUCUGAGACAAGCUUUCCUAGGUUGAGUCAGGUAGCAUUCAUUCCACUCUGUAUUUCCCAGGACAAUGACAUUGGCUUCUAUUGACUAAACCAACUAAAUACUUAAGUCUAAAUCACUAACACCACUGUGUUUUUAAAUUACUUGCUGAGUCAUGUAUGUAAUCAAGUUUUUUAUUACAGUAAGAGGAACAGGAUUUGCAUGAAGGGCAUGGCUUCUGCAUUCACAUCAGAAGAGAAGGGAGUUUAUUGCGAUCCCUACUGGGGAAACAGGGUAGGCAAUCAGCUGCUGGAGUUGCCAUUAUGAACAAGACCUGAUCAUGGCAGGGAGGUGAUUUUUAAUUUUGGAUCAUGUAUUAAUCAUGUUCUGUGAUGAAGACAGCCUAUAUUGAUGGGUGUUUGAGUUGUGAAUGUCAGUUAAGCCACUGAGCAUUCAAUUCGAACGUAGGGUACUGUUCUACAGAUACAUGUGCAAUCUUCACUGACAUCAUUAAGUCAGCUCAAGAAUUGAAUCCCAGGCCAUCGGGUGUAGUUGUGUGUGUGUCAAGUUGUGUGUCAAGUUACAGGUGUCAGCAACUAAGAGUCCACAUAGAGGCAAGUUCAAGUAGUGUUUGAUUAAUGCUAUUCCUGAUGUGAGGAUAUGGGCUGCUAGUUUUGAAUGUCAGUAUGGCUUGUGGUUUUUUAGUAAUAUUUAAGUUGGAAAAAAUCAAUUAUUGGUUCCCCUUUCAAUGUAAUUUCUAUGAAUUAAGCACUGCUCUGAUCUCUUACUAUUUGCAAUUCUGUUGUAUUUCCCAGGUAUAAGAAUUUCUUUUCAUAUUUUACAAGGUCAGUUUAGGACAAGGUCUCUUGAUGCCCAGGCUGGCUCAUGCUAUGUAAUUGAUAACUGCUUUGAACAUCUGGUCCUGUCCCUAAGACCACAUGAUUCAAAGACAGUGCUGCAUGUCUUCUAGCCUAGGCUUUGAAGGGGAAAGUUUUCCUGGUUUGGCACUACUUGACAUUAGCAAUGAGAGUGAGGUUGAUAAUCACCUUGACUGGCCAUGACUCUGGCUGCAGAAAAGGCAGUCAUGAAUCUGGAUAAGGAACUGAACUUAUUGUCAACUGUAAUUGACACUACUUCAAGUAAUUCAAAUUACUGUAUUAAAACAAGUUGACUUAGCUAAAACUGGAACAGGUGGUCAUUGUGAAAGUGUUUUUUAUUAUUUGCAACAUUUAAUAAGGGAGAACUCUUCUUUAUUCUGGAUCUUUUGAAUUGACAAAAAUGUCAUUAAUCUAGGCCACAGUUACUGGUGGCAUCGUACAUUUAUAAAGGACAUUGAAGAUGCUCGCUCCCUCUCUUUUUCUGCUUGCCAUACUCUGGCAAGCGAGAUCAUUUGAUUUUUCUAGCAUUAGAGGUUCCAUCUUUGGCAUUACGGUAUAUGCAGAAGGCCAGUUAAGACAUACAGGCACGGGCUGGUGAGAUGGCUCAGUGGGUUAGAGCACCCGACUGCUCUUCCGAAGGUCCAGAGUUCAAAUCCCAGCAACCACAUGGUGGCUCACAACCAUCCGUAACAAGAUCUGACCCCCUCUUCUGAGUGUCUGAAGACAGCUACAAUGUACUUACAUAUAAUAAAUAAAUAAAUAAAUAAAUAAAUAAAUCUUUUUUAAAAAAAAGACAUUCAGGCACUACUGUGUCCUUCAACUUUCCAUUGGUACGCAGUAUUUGGUUUCUUAGUUGGACCACAUUCUGUGAGCCAUUCUUAUAUAUCCACUUUCUACAUACAUAGAGAGAUCCAUACUAUCAGUUCUGUUUAAGUGGAAAUCCUUUAAUAAUACAGAUGUUUUUUUCACCUUUUCACUCAGGAAGAUGUGCUGGCUAACCGUAGUGCUCCACAGUGAUUGGAAUCCAUUUCCUCAUUUCCUGCUUUUCUCCCAGGGUUGUCUGGAGAAUCAUAUUGAAAGGGCAAGAUAAACCCCAUUUUUCUCCAUCUACGGAGCCCUUUUGUUGCCAGUUGAGGACCAGUCCUUAUUUCCAAAAGGUGCCAGCUUCAGGAAUAAACUGUAAAUCCCAAAAGUAAGGCAUAAGACAGCAGGAUUAGGAACAGACCAUAAGAUCCAGAAGAUGGUAGAACCCCCUUCCAGAGACCAGACUGGGGAUAACCACAGAAAUGGGGAACGAUCUGAGAAUGGUCCAUCCGGGCUGGGCAGCCCUAUUUCAUCAUAUGGUGAAAAGUUCAUGAUAUAGGAAUACAGAUCACUGACAACCUGUGACACCUAGCCCUACCAAUGAAAUUUUAGACUACCCUAUCCUUCUAGAUGGUUCCACCAGUUUUCUAUAAGGAGGUCCUUGUACCUUUGUCUGGGGUCGCCAUUUCAAAGAAUGCUGGUUGUUUCUCCAGAAUAACUGCUUUUUCUUUUUGCAUAUUAUCUGAUCUGGGGUCUUCAGUGAUUUUUCGACCCUUUCAAUAUGUAGUAGGUGAAUAUUAGCUGAGGUAUUCCUGAGAUCAGUGCAAAAUCACAGAAACAAAUAUCACAUUUUAUAUCUUAAAAUGAUGCAGUAAUUGAUAAUAUCCAUGGAAGCAUUCUGCAUGUGGUUCAUAUGGUUCACUCUGCACCAAGAUGAAUAAUGAACUGUGCAAGCUACCCAUCUCGAUUCUAGGAGGAGGAGAGGCAGAGGAGGGCAGGGAGAAGAAGAAAAGGAGAAAGAGGAGCGGGAGGAAGAGGAGGGGUGGGGGAACAUUCAGAAGAAGAGGACGAGGAGGAAGAACAGUAGGAUGAAGAGGAGGAGGAGGAAUAGGAGGAGGAGAUAGAGGAGGAGGAGGAACAGGAGCAAGAACGGAGGAGGAGGAUUGGUUAGUGGAGGAGCAGAGGGGGAGGAUUACGAAAUGGAGGGAGAAGCCGUUUUUGCUCAGUGCUGGUAACAGAAAACUCGACUAUUUGAGGAUAGGCACAUGCAAUACUGAAACAAAGAUCUUGCAAAUCUGAAAAGUGUCAAGUCCUGGACUGAUUUCCUGGGGCAGGAAGCUCUAAGAGGUAAGCUUUCAGCACAGUCUAUUCCUACUGGCCAAUCAGGGCCUCCUGGAAAACCGUCCAAUCAGACGAAGAGAGGCCUCUUCCAGGUGGUUUGUUCCCUGUUGCAGGUUCAGUAGCAUUGCAGAGCAGGCUUCUAUGGUUGGUGUGAUGUGCUUUGAACUCUGAUGCUGGGUGUUUUUGCAGAGUGCAGGCGAGCUACUAAGUCUCAUCAUGGUGAGCAUGUGACCGCUGCCACUAACCUGAAAGAGCAGUGGUGUGAGAAGCAGGAAUCCUUAUAGUGGGCUCUUUCCUGGGUUAGGUGGAAACUAACAGCUAGCUGUGCGAUUCCUUGAGGUCUUAGCCACUAGAUGUACUCAGUGGUGGCAUCUUAACAACUCAUUAUGGGAGCUUCAUCUGCACAAAGCAUUUGGAGCAAGGGCUUGCCAUGUAGAAACAUCCUUAGCAAGAUGCCAAAUUUGGAUGUCCGAGAUUCUCUGGUGUCUUCUAAACAUUGUGCCGUGGCCACCAUUGAAGAUCCAUUUGGAGUUAAUUUUGUGGCAGUUGUAAACCCCAUUCCAUGAACUCUAAAUUUAUGCUGUGAUAAGAAGCAUAGAGUAGAAUCAAUGAUGGAAAAGAUUUUCCAAUGAUAAGAAAAUGGGAAGUCAUGACCAUAGACAGAAAUUCCCAUGAGGUUCUUCAUAUGCUGUUGGGAACCUGUUGGGAACCUGUUGGGAACAUGGUGAUGGCUGGAUGGGAUGGAUGGAUGGCUGACUGGGACAUUUGAGAAAGGUAUGUAUAUGGAAGGGGCUCCCAUAUACAUACAAUGAAGGUCAUUUCAAAGAGGGCUUUUUGGGCUAUAAAACCCACAGCUCUUAACGCUGUGACCAAAGAUUGAUGUUCUUCACAGAGAAAAUCCUGCACUGUUUUGAUAGUGCUGUGUUUUUCUGAGAAGAUAACAUACCCUGAAAAAAGAAAAAAGAAAAAAGAAAAAAAGAAAAAGAAGGAAAAAAAAAAAGAAAAGAAAAAAGAAGAAAAAAAAAGAAAAAGAAGAAAGAAAAAAAAGGAAAUGGGAAGUCACAUUUAGUUGAGGGAGGGACUGCCUCCUAAACACCCACAGAGAAGUAGUAUAGUAAGCAAGCAUCUGAGAGAUUAGGACGCUGGGAUACACCAGGUUGUUCAUCAGGAUUGUGGGAAAUAUCGCUCCAGGUCAUAACAAAGGAGACAAUCCUGAUUAACAAAUAGGCCCUUUCCCAGGUCACAGACCAGCCCUUUAACAAGCUGCUCAAUGAAGUAUUGCAGGCUCACAACCAACACUAAGGCCUGGUGUCCCAUAAAGGACCAUUUUUCUUCUUGAAAAAGCAUAGUUCUGUCACAUGGUCAAGACAUCUGUCAACACCAUUUGGAAAGGAAAAACACAGUUGUGGUGAGGACUGUCCUGAUCAAGCAAGGACAUCCCUGAGGCCUUCAUAGAUGGAGAAUGACGUAGCCUCUUCUCUAACUCAGCAACAGUCUUGGUUGGGCCUGUAACAGCCUGGGGCCUAGGCCUUGGCAUCCUUCCCUAAGGCCUUGAGGUACUGACAAAGAAACAGAGAAAAAGAGCUCCUUCUCUAAAACCAGGUAUAUUCUUGGAAGAGCUGGUAAUGGUCUGGGGCCAGAGCCUGUGGAGAGGGGUGGUUUCUUAUCCUGAGAAUCUAAUAGUUCCUACCGCAUAGGGCUGAUGAUGUCAAUCACAAACCACCGUAGGCAUGCGCAGUGAUAUUGAUGAGAUUACCUGUGUUCUUCUUGAGCAGCAGUGUUUGAUUAGAUUCUUCCUCUGUCCCAUUGUACGCUAGUUUCUGCUGACACCAUGGAAGUCUCCCAUGUCUUUCCAUUUCCCUGUAGGUAGUGCACAGGCUGCCAUUCUUAAGAAGCUUCCUUAGCAGAGCCUUAGCAACUUGCUCCCCCACCCCAGCUUUUGUGCUUUCUGCCUCCUACUUUUCCUAUCUCUGGCCUCGUCUGGGACUUUCCACUUAGGACUCUGCCAGUGCAGAAUGACCUGAUGCUUCAGGGUAUUGGUGUACUUAAGAAAUGAGUCUGGAAUAUCUCUGCCUUGUUCAUCUCCCAUCUGCCUAAGUGGCUGGCCAAAUCCCCAGUAGUGUGCAGUCCAUUGUUAAAUUGUUCACAUUAUAACCUGGGGUGAGAACCUAAAGAAGAGUUAAGGAUAGCAAAACAUGGAGAAUAAUGCAAAGUCUCUCUAAGUUGGCUCCUCUUUUAGCUUUAACUAAAGCUAAAUACUUGGUAUUUUCAGAGAUUUUUUUUCUUUUUUAUUUUUUUUCUUUCUUUUUUACACUCCAGAUUUUAUUCCCCUUCUGAUCCACCCUCAGACUGUUCCACAUUCUAUACCUACUACCUAUCCCCUUGUCUCCCCUAGGAUGUCCUCUCACCCCCAACCAAAGCUCUAAACUUCCUGGGGACUCAGUCUCUUGAGGGUUUUGUGCAUCUUCUCUGAGUGAAACCAGACCCAGCAGCCUCAUGCCUUGGUGAUCUGAUAGGAUGUGCGGGAUUAUUUCAAUCUUCUUGUAUCUGUUGAGGCCUGCUUUAAGACGAAUUAUAUGGUUGAUUGGAGAAAAGGUACCAUGAAGCACUGAGAAGAUGGUGUAUUCUUUUGUUUUAGGUAAAAUGUUCUCUAAAUAUCUGUCAAAUCUGUUGGGUUCAUAACCUCUGUUACUUUCACUGUGUCUCUGUUUAGUUUCUGUUUCAAAGACUUGCCCAUUGGUGAGAGUGGGAUGUUGAAUUCUCCCACUAUUAUCUGAGAUAGAAUCUGUCUUUGUUCUUGAGGUAUGCUUCUUGUAUGCAACAAAAUGUUAGAUCUUGUGUGCAAAUCCAGUCUGUUAGCGUAUGUCUUUUUAUAGGUGAGUUGAGUUCAUUAAUAUUGAGAGAUAUUAAAGACAGAAGAUUGUUGGUUCCUGUUAUAUUUGGUUUUGUAGGUGGCUUUAUGGGCUUGUGGUUCUUUCCUUUUGGCUUUGUUGUGAGUGGCUUACUGUGUUUUCUUUGGUGUGGGUACCUUCCUUGUGUAGGAAUUUUCCUUCUAGGAUCCUCUGUAGGGCUUGAUUGGUAGAUAGAUACUGUUUUUAAUUUGGUUUUGUCCUGGAAUAUUUUAAUUUCUCCAAUCUAUGUUGAUUGAGCAUCUUGCUGGGUAUAAUAGCCUGGACUGGCAUUUGUGUUCUCUUAGAGCCUGCAUGACCUCUGACCAGGCACUUUUGGCCUUCAUAGUGUCUGUUGAGAAGUCUGGUAUAAUUCUGAUAGGUCUCCCUUUGUGUGUUACUUGGCCCUUUUUCCUUGAAGCUUUUAAUAGUCUUUCUUUGUUCCCCUGGCUGUCCUGGAACUCACUCUGUAGACUAGGCUGGCCUCGAACUCAGAAAUCUGCCUGCCUCUGCCUCCCAAGUGUUGGGAUUAAAGGCAUGUGCCACCACUGCCUGGCUUCUUGGAUGUUUUGAUUAGGAGAUUUUAUGUUUUGAAUUUCUUUUACUGUUGUGUCAACCUCUUCAACAGUAUCUUCUACACAUGAGAUUCUCUUUUCUAUCUCCUGUAUUUUCUUGUUUAUUGAUGAGACUUACAUCUGUAAUGCCUGACCUCUUUCCUCGGUUUUCCAUUCCCAGGUUUGUAUUUUCUUUGUUUCUACUUCCAAUUUUAGGUCUUGGAGUGCUUUCUGCAGUUCCUUUACCUGUUUGAUUGUGUUUUCCUGUAUUUCUUUAAGGGAUUUAUUGUUUCCUUUUUAAGGGCUUUUACCGUUUACCUGUGUUUUCCUGAAUUUCUUUCAGUGAGUUAUUUUUAUCCUCCUUAAAGAAAUCGAUUAUCUUCAUGAGAUAGGAUUUUAGGUCAGCUUCAUGAUUUUCAGGUGUGUUGGUGUAUUCAGGGCUUGUCGUGGUGGGAGAACUGGGUUCUGAUGAAGCUCACCUACAUUGGCUUCUCUUCCUUAUGGUCUUGCACUUGCCUCUCCCCAUCUGUUUAAUCCCUGGUGUCUGUCUGUAGUCUGCUCUUUUGUUCCUGGGUCACUUCAGGUCUCCUGGUAGGUCUAGUUCUAGCAAACCUUAUGUGAUGCCUUCCAACUGGGGGGUGGGUGUUGGGUUCAGAAGGUCAGAGAAGCUCCUGAUCUGUUGCCCUGGCUGCAGUAGAUCUCCAGGGAGGACAUCAGACUUUUGGGUCUUCAGAGGAGCAGUCAAGCUGUUGUCCUAUGGGAAGCUGUUCUCCAGUGGGGCCUGUGGACUGUGGUUUCAUUUUCCCUGUGUGCAUCAGAACUCCAGGGAGGCUUUCAAUCUGUUGGGUCAGUUGCCCUGUGUGCUACAGAGCCCCCAGGAGGUCUUCAGACUGUGAUGUUGGUUGCCCAGUUGCCCUGUGUACAGAGGAACCCCUGGGAUGCCUUCAAAUUGUGUUGUCUUCAGGGGAGUACACAAGCUGGUGAUCAGUUGCUCAAUUGUGCUGUGUGCAGCAGAUCUCCUGGGAGGUCUCUGGCUGUGGUGUCAGAGGCUUAAGUGAAGCAGAUCUCCUGGGAUGCCUCAGGAUAUGGUUUCUUCAGGAGAGCAGACUAGCUAGCCAGGCAGAAAUCACCAGGCAAAAGGUAGAUUUUUUUUUUUCUUAAUUAAUCUUUGAAUUGUGUGUUGAGUGUUUCCCUCCCUGGGAAGACAUACUAAUUCUAGAACAAAUGGAUUUUCAGCCUUUCUGGCACAUUUUUCUGACAGGAGGUAUAUUGCUUUACAGGGCCCUGAACCAGUCUGUUGUUUCCCAGGGCAAUGGCCUUGCUUUCCUCUUGAUUAAAGUUUCUGUAUUCUUAAGUUAAAGGGUAGUAGCACAACAGAGUUUUAAUGUUACCCAUUUGGCUCCGUGAAUGAACUGUGCGUUGCAGUAACAGGGAAAGGAUUUGCAUGAAGCAUUGCUUCUGCCCUCAGAACAGAACAGGAGGAGCAAUGUUCUGUGUACAGUGCAGAGUAAAACAGAGUAGGCAAUAGCUAGAUCUCAGACUAACUCAAGUUUAAGGCACUCAGCUACAGGGCUCACCGAUAUGAAGAAGGACCUGAGUUGCACAGGUUGUGUGAUUUUGUGAUUUCCUAGCCUAUGUUAAUGUGUACAUUUUAAUAUAAACACACAAGACUGGUGGGUGUACAAUUUGAAAUAUUUACAAUAUACAAUUUGAAAAUUUAGGUUGAUCCAAUGAAUACUGAAUUUCCAGUUAGGGUACUGUAUUAUGUGGUGAUCAUGUGAAUACUGAAUUUCCAGUUAGGGUACUGUAUUAUGUGGUGAUCAUGUGAAUACUGAAUUUCCAGUUAGGGUACUGUAUUAUGUGGUGAUCAUGUGAAUACUGAAUUUCCAGUUAGGGUACUGUAUUAUGUGGUGAUCAUGUGAAUACUGAAUUUUCAGUUAGGGUACUGUAUUAUGUGGUGAUCAUGUGAAUACUGAAUUUCCAGUUAGGGUACUGUAUUAUGUGGUGAUCAUGUGAAUACUGAAUUUUCAGUUAGGGUACUGUCCUAUGUGGUGAUCAUGUGAAUACUGAAUUUCCAGUUAGGGUACUGUAUUAUGUGGAUUUGAGUGAUGCUCAUUGACGUGGUUAAGGCAGCUCAGAUUUUUGAGACACAGGCCAUUCAUUAGUUGCAGCUGUGUGUGUCAGGUUAGGACUUAGCAACUACCAGUCCACACAGGGACAACAUCAAAAAGUAUUUUAUUAAUGCCAUUGCCUCUGCCAGGGAAUGACCUGCAGUGCCAGUAUACUUGUGCGUUAUAUAUAUUCCCCCAAAGUCCAUUUUUGGCAUUAAUUUAUAAAUUUCAUUUUUUAAAGAACCACACGCUGACUUGUUUGAAUUCUCCAACAUUUCCCAAUCAAUAAUAUUUUCAAUUUUUUCCCAAUUGUUUUGCUUAUUUGUCUUUAUUAAUAGUAGUAUCUUCUGUAGCUCAGACUUGACUUACCCUGUAUAAUAGAGAAUUACUUUGGAAACUCAAUCUUGACGCUGCCACCCAGUUCCUGAACGAUAGACCUGAAACACAUUCCAGGAUGUGCCAUGACUGGUCGGUCAAUGAAAAGGAAAAAAGACCAUGCAAUGCAGUGACUUAUGAGGACGUGCAUGUGAACUUCACUCAAGAGGAGUGGGCUCUGCUGGAUCCUUCUCAGAAGAAGCUCUACAAAGAUGUCAUGCUGGAGACCUACAGGAACCUCAAUGCUAUAGGAUUUAAUUGGGACAACAAAAAUACUGAAGAACAUUGUCAAAGUUCUAGGAGACAGAGAAGAAUGCAGUGACUUAUGAGGACGUGCAUGUGAGCUUCACUCAAGAGGAGUGGACUUUGCUGGAUCCUUCUCAGAAGACACUCUACAAAGGUGUCAUGUUGGAGACCUACAGGAACCUCAAUGCUAUAGGCUUUAAUUGGGAAGCCCAAAAUAUUGAAGAACAUUGUGAAAGUUCUAGAAGACACAGAAGGUGUGAAAGGAGUCAGAGUGCAGAGAAACCCUCUGAAUAUACUCAACGUGGUAAAGCCUUCGCUCACAGUCAUGCCCAAAGGCAUGAAAGGAUUCAUACAGAAAAGAUCCCCUCUGAAGUUAUUCACUGUGUCGAAGACGUUUUACCUUACACUAGUCUCCAAGUACAUAGAAGAACACAAACUGGACAGAAACCCUAUGAAUGUAAACAAUGUGGUAAAGGAUUUGCAAAGCCCAGUCAUCUUAAAAGGCAUGAAAGAUUUCAUACCGGAGAGAAACCCUUCAUAUGUAAUGAAUGUGAUAAAGUCUUUUCUUUUAAACAUCACCUCCAAACACAUAUAAGGGUGCAUACUGGAGAGAAACCCUUCAAAUGUAAUCAGUGUGAUAAAUCCUUUUCAAAACAUAAUCAUCUCCAAAGUCAUAGAAGAACACAUACUGGAGAGAAACCCUACAAAUGUAAUCAAUGUGAUAAAGCCUUUUCUGAGAAAUGUAAUCUCCAAACACAUAUAAGGAUACAUACUGGAGAGAAACCCUACAAAUGUAAUCAAUGUGAUAAAGCCUUUUCUCAAUACAGUACUCUUCAAACUCAUAGAAGAACACAUACUGGAGAGAAACCCUUCAAAUGUAAUCAAUGUAAUAAAGCCUUUUCUGAGAAAUAUAGUCUCCAAAAACAUAUAAGGAUACAUACUGGAGAGAAACCCUACAAAUGUAAUCAAUGUGAUAAAGCCUUUUCUAUUAAAUGUAAUCUCCAAAAACAUAUAAGGAUACAUACUGGAGAAAAACCCUACAAAUGUAAUCAAUGUGACAAAGCCUUUUCAAAAAACAGUACUCUUCAAACUCAUAGAAGUACACAUACCUAAGAGAAACCCUUCAAAUGUAAUGAAUGUGAUAAAGCUUUUUCCCAAUACAGGAAUCUCCACAUUCAUAGAAAAACACAUACAGGAGAAAAACCCUACAAAUGUAAUCAAUGUGAUAAAGGCUUUUCCCAAUUAUGUCAUCUUCAAAUUCAUAGAAAAACACAUACCUAAGAGAAACCCUUCAAAUUUAAUGAAUGUGAUAAAGCCUUUUCCCAGCAUUAUAAUCUACAAAUUCAUAAGAGAAGACAUACUAGAGAGAAACCUUACAAGUGUAUUCAGUGUAUGUAAGUCUUUUCAAAACAUUUUCAUCUUCAAUAGAAUAAAAGAAUCCACACUGGAGAAAAAAGCUACGAAGGAAUUGGAUUGUGAGCAAAUUUUUUAUAACGCCAUCGUUUCUGAAUGUAUAAGUGAACAUACUGAAGAGAAAGACUAUGGAUGUGAUCAUAGUCUUAAUCGUCAUGAACAUAUAUGUAGGGGCCAGAAUCCUUCUGAGUAUAAGCAGUGUGGAAAAAUCUAUGCCAGGCAGUUAUCUCCUAAUGCAGGAAGGAGCACAUACUGGAGAGAGAGACAGACAGAGAGAUACAGAGAGAGACUGUAUAAAUAUACACAAUGUGGUAAACCUUUGCAUAUCGCAGAUAUCUUUGAAUACAUAAAAGAGAACACGAUAUAUCUCAGAAUUCAUAAAAGAAGACACUGAAGAGAGAAACUGUGUGUGAAUAAUGCGGUAAGGACUUUGCAGUUGACAUUGACAUUGAUCUCAUCAUGUAUAAAUUAACACAGACUUGAAAGAAACCUCAUAAAAAUAAGGAAUGUGGUAAAGCUUAUGUGUGGACCAGUCAUUUUUUUCUUGAGAAAAAUCCAUGCUGCAGGUUAACCCUGUAAAUGGAGCCACUGUGGAAACAUUUUGUACAUCACAGUAUCUGUAUGCGAGAGUAAAACCUUUAGCAUGUACUGGAUCACUUAAAGUUUGCAUGUCACAAUAUUUUUUAGGACUUUAAAGAACUCAAAAAUCAGGCAAUCUAUGACUCUGAUGGACAUGGUUCCAUCUUGUGCCAACCCAGUUACAUUAAUUUACACAACAUUAUUCAUUCUUGAGAAAACCUUUAGCAAAUGUCAACUAUCUGCUCAAGCAUGAUGAUGUCUCUAUUUUGUUCAUACAUGGAAACUCAUAGGGACAAAAGCCCUGUGAGGUUCAUUGAUAAGGUAACUGGUUUAAAAUUCACAGUUCACUUUAAGUCCGUGAAAUAACUCAUUCAGAUGUGAAACACUGUUGGUGAGUAUCAGUGCCUUUUCUGUUGUUGUGAUAAAAUGUCUAAGGUAUUGUAGAAAACUGAAGUCCCAAGCCAGGGUUUCCACCCCAGCUUUGGCCAAUUUUUUUCCAGGUAACACACACAUAACUUUUAUAUUUGUAAUAAACCAUAAUCAACACCCAAUAUUAGCUAAUAUCUAUCCUCUAUGCUAUAUUGUCUAUUUCCCAGCCAGUAAUUUUGUCAUACUAUUUUGCUUUAUUUGUUCUGGUUUAUGCUUAACUCCAUUAUUUUAUUGUUGACCUAACUUAAGGCUGUUUUUUCUCUGUCUACUUUCUUCUCCUUGUGGUUCUCCACUGAUCCCAAGUCCAGUAUCCCUAAUCCCUGUCUAUGUCUGUUCUGCCCAGCUACUGUCCAGCUAUUGAUUGUUGUCAUCUUUAAUAACCAGUCAGAAGAAACUUGAGAGCAAGGUCACACACCUUCACUUGGGGCUGUGUGCAGAUCUUGUCUUCUAUGGAGCAAUCAUUUUUUAGGUUCCUGCUUUUAACUUUACAGUACAUAGCAAGAAACGAAACCCCAACAUGAAGGCAAUUUUUAGAAGCAUUUAAAUUUCAUUAGAGUUCUAAAGGGAUAUAGGAUCACCAUGAUAUUGUCAGGGCAACAAGUGUCAUUUGUGGCAGCUAAAGGAGGAGCUCAGAGCUCACGUCCUCAACCUAUAGCCUUAAAGAGAGGGUUAGAGCCAGGUGUGGUGUCACUCACCUUUAAUCCCAGCACUUGGGAGGCAGAGGCAGGCAAAUUUCUGAGUUUGAGGCCAACCUGUUCUGCAGAGUGAGUUCCAGGACAGCCAGUGCUACACAGAGAAACCCUGUCUCAAUAAAACCAAAAGAGAGAGAGAGAGAGAAACAGAGAGAGAGAGAGAGAGAGAGAGAGAGAGAGAGAGAGAGAGAGAGAGAGAGAGAAACAGAGAGAGAGUUAGGACUAGACAUGAUUUGAGGAAGUAAGCUCUGAAAUUCAACCUCAGUGACAUAUUUUCUCCAACAGGCAGAUAUUUCCUACAUCUCCCCAAAUGACACUAGUAACUGAGAAGUAUUGAUUUCUCUGCCAUCAAUCCUCUAUGCUUGCUUUUUGUUAUAUAAGCCAACUCAUUAGGAAGAAAAACUCUGUGGAUAAGCCUUAGAUGCCACAAACCCUGCGUUAUAGUAGUCAGUGUUUAUACAAGAAUAACAUCAUGAAUGAAAUUUUCUUUGCUGACCAACUUCGUUUAAUUUUAUUUACGGGGUUUGUCUGCAUCUUUGGGUGAGUAUGUGCAUGUCUAUGAAGAUUUCCAAAAUUAUUAAGUUGUUGUAUCUUCUUCUAGCAGAAGAUACACCAAGAUGUCCAAACCUGACUUUGUCCCUGGGAAUGAAAUUUUCUUAAUUACUUGGCCAUGUCUCUAGCCAUCUAAAUAAUUUAAGUGUUUUAUAUCAUCAUGAUGUCAGGAAAUAGAAAAAAAUCUUAUACAAGAGAAAAACCCUAUCCAUGUGGAUGACCUUGUAACAUCACAGAUGUUUUCCAUAUCAGGGACAACAUCCUGUUUCUUCUCUUCUUCAUCAGAGCCUUGAAGGAAGUAAAUUAUUUCCCAUGGUCCCUCGAGUGUUGUAGUAGAGAUCACCAAUUGUGCUGGUGGUUUUAUUUUCAAACAUUUGGAAUAUAUAUUAAAGUUUUUUAUAUGUCUUUCAAAUCCAUUCACAGAUGUUUAUUAUGUGGUCCUUGACUUCCUUCUGUGAUUUCUGUUCAGCUUUAAUCCCACUUUUCUUGUUGAUAGGUACUCUUCCACUGCAAUGAAAUGAGUUAGAUACUCAUCUUCUAAGUGGUCCAUUGUUUAUUUAAAUAUGAGGGCAGUGAGAUCAUAAGUAAGAUCCAGUAAGGUUGCUGGUGAAAGCAUGGUGGGCGCUGCUUUGUGUGUCAUUUUCUCACAAAUUCCUUUGAGAGUUGGUUGUUAUGCAUCCUAGCUUUUGUGUCAGUCAUUAAUCAUGGUUAUCCUUUUUCUUUGUUUGUUUUGUUUUGUUUUUUGGGUUUUUUUUUUGUUGCUGUUGUUGUUGUUGUUGUUUUUUUUUUUUGUUUUUGAGACAGGGUUUCUCUGUAUAACCCUGGCUGUCCUGGAACUUACUUUCUAGACCAGGCUGGCCUCGAACACAGAAAUCCGCAUGCCUCUACCUCCAAAGUGCUGGGAUUAAAUUUGUGCUCCCCCAUGCCUGCCUUGUCUUUUUACUCUUUAUAGACAUGUGUCAGCCUUCUGAGUUUAAGUCCAAAGAUAGAAGACAUACAGUCAGAGGGUCCUCUUUUGUCAACACGCUUUAAUAUUAAAUUUCAAAUGGUUAAUAUAUGAAAAUAGAAAGAACAACAAUACCUUAGGUAUACACCCAGAGCAUCCUAUUCAUCUCUCUCAUAGAGAUGUAAUAAUGUAGAAUAGUCAGCAAUCAACUACAUAUCUCACACAUAGGUGGGCACGUUGUCGCCAGAAAACAAUUUUUUUUCUUGGCUUAAUGAGGCUGAAUGGUUCAGCCUAGCUGGUUAGAGUAGUUAGGACACAGUCCCUAGUCCUAACACUAUUAACAGAAGUCUCCCAUCCUAUGUAGCUCUCCUACCUAAAAGCCACUCUCUGUGAACUAAGAACAUUAUUAUUUUGGUUUAUGGUGGCAUCUGUUAUAAUUCACCAAAACUAGGGUAGACUUCUAUUUUUAUUCUACAGAUGGUAAAACUGAGGGUCACACAGUUAAGUUGCUUCUGAAUAUACUUAAUUGGAACUGUUCAUCUUUCACAUGCUGUAAUUCUAAUGCAUUAGGAAUUGAAGUGGAAGCCACCUAAACCAGGUAUGGUUACACAUGCCUAUAUUCAUGGUGCUUACAGAGUGAGGACACCAGGAUUUCACAGUCAUCCAAGUUAAAAGUGGUCAAUAGAGUGUGUUGCAAGGUCCGGAGAGCCAAGGCCGAGGUUUCUUUGAGGUUAGAGUAGCUCAGCAGAAUUGUUCAUGUAAGAGCAGCAACCACAGUACUGUUAGGUGACUUUUCCAAUAUUCUAUAUUUUUGUUUGUGUCCCUUGUAUGUGUGAGGAUUGUGGCACUGAUACAUCUUUUAACUCAAUCUUUGAAAUCCUCCUUCAUGAUUAAAAUGUGCACCUGAGUUAUAAAUCCCCAUGUGCCUCAGUGGCUAGACUUGCAGACUCCUUUCCCUAUUGCUGUGGUUCAAAGGAUAACCUGGGUCCUAAAA